AAUGCUUGGUGUAAGCCUUUACGAUACAAAAUUAAAUGAAAUAAUAUCUGGUCGCAAACCAUUUAGCGCUGCUCACGUUUUGAAAAAUACAAAUUAUCCCAAUCAAUCUCCAUAUCUUAGUCAAAUACCUUGUAGUUGGGGUGCUUUAUUUUUCCCUGAAAUAUGGCGUGAAUUUCAUGAUUAUCAGAGUGCUAGAUUAACUAGCGCUUUUGGUCCUAGUCGACAUAAAAUAAUUGUUCCAUCAAGUAGAUCAAAUCACUGGCCAAAAUCUUGGAAACGUUUCUUUAUAGAACUUGCAUAUCUUCGUGGAUAUGUAAUGCUUUAUCCUAAUUAUGAAAAUUCCACCAGCUUUACCACUAAUUAUGCUGAGAAAGGUGUUCACUUUCAUUUCACAGGAAAGAAAAAAGACCUAUGGCUCCUUCCAUUGAUGAAAGAGGAUACUCUAUUAGAAGGGUUACCUGACGGUCAUUUACCAAACUUCAAUGAUUUGCCAACUAUAGACCUCUGGGGAAAGGUUGUAUCGCCAAAAAAUUUAAUUCAACGUGGACGUAAAUUUCACUCGAGAAUUUCGAGUUGUCCACCCAUAGGUCUUGAUAAUCUCACUUAUAAUCCCCAAGACCUAUUAUGUGUGAAACAUCGAAAGAAGAAAAAUAGAACAUUAAUAACCAAGGUGAAAAAUCCUACUGAAAAGCCAAUAGUAGAAAAUAAUACAACACUUCCUAUUGAUAACAAAAUACAAACACCUUUGAUAGAAAAAGAAUAA